AUGGCGGCCAACAACCAAGAUGUGCUUUCCGCGGUGACCGGCAAAGACACGAGGACCUUUCUCAGGGUCAUCAUCCUUCUUCUCAUUGCCGGCGCUGCCAUUUCCAGUCGUCUUUUCUCUGUGAUUCGUUUUGAAAGCAUUAUCCACGAGUUCGACCCGUGGUUCAACUUCCGAGCGACGAAAUACUUGGUCGCCAAUGGAUUCUACAAGUUUUGGGACUGGUUUGAUGACCGGACAUGGUAUCCUCUCGGGCGGGUUACCGGAGGCACCCUCUAUCCUGGACUCAUGGUGACGAGCGGCGUCAUCUACCACGCCCUUCGUUACCUCACUGUCCCCGUCGACAUUCGAAACAUUUGCGUUCUUCUCGCCCCUGCCUGCUCGGGCCUGACUGCCUACGCGUCCUAUCUUCUCACCAACGAGAUGACCACCUCGCCAUCCGCUGGUCUUCUUGCUGCCAUCUUUAUGGGAAUCGCCCCCGGCUACAUCUCGCGAUCUGUUGCUGGCAGCUAUGAUAACGAGGCCAUUGCCAUCUUCCUCCUCGUCUUUACCUUCUUCCUCUGGAUCAAGGCUCUCAAGCUGGGCUCAAUGCUCUGGGGCGCGCUCUGCGCGCUAUCCUACGGCUACAUGGUCGCCUCAUGGGGUGGAUAUGCCUUCAUCACAUGUCUGCUUCCUGUGCACGCCCUCACUCUGAUUGCCAUGGGUCGAUAUAGCACUCGCCUGUACGUCAGCUACACAACGUGGUACGCGCUCGGCACGUUGGCUAGUAUGCAAAUUCCUUUUGUCGGUUUCUUGCCUGUCAAGACCAGCGAGCAUAUGCCUGCACUAGGCAUCUUUGGUUUUGUUCAGUUGAUCGGCUUCAUCCAGUACGUUCGAUCUGCCAUUUCUGGCAAGCAGUUCCAAACUUUCGUUUACACUAUCUUGUUCGCGGUGUUCGGCGUUGGUGUCGCCGGCGUCGUCGGCCUGACCUCUCUUGGAUACAUUGCCCCCUGGAACGGUCGAUUCUACUCUCUUUGGGAUACCAGCUACGCCAAGAUUCACAUUCCCAUCAUUGCCUCCGUCUCGGAGCACCAGCCUACCGCCUGGCCAUCCUUCUUCUUUGAUCUCAACUUCCUCAUCUGGCUCUUCCCCGCGGGUGUUUACAUGUGCUUCCAGAAUCUGCGGGAUGAGCAUGUCUUUGUUGUCGUCUACUCUCUCUUCGCCAGCUACUUUGCCGGUGUCAUGGUCCGUCUCAUGUUGACUCUGACUCCCGUCGUCUGUGUUGCUGCUGCCAUUGCGGUCUCUCAGGUUCUCGACACCUAUCUUCAGAUCAAGACCCCCAGCGCCGAUGAUGUUGCCAAGGCUGGUGACGCCUCCAAGACUGCCAAGGGUGGUCUGCGAGCGACGCAGAAGCCCAAGGUUGGCAUUUACACGACGCUCUCCAAGAUUGUUGUGACUGCUGCCAUGACCGUCUACCUGCUCAUGUUUGUGACCCACUGCACCUGGGUCACCUCGAAUGCCUACUCGUCGCCUUCGGUCGUUUUGGCCAGCCGAAUGCCUGAUGGUAGCCAGCACAUCAUUGAUGACUACCGAGAGGCGUACCAGUGGCUUCGCCAGAACACCAAGGAGGAUGCCAAGAUCAUGUCGUGGUGGGACUACGGUUACCAGAUUGGUGGUAUGGCGGACCGCCCUACUCUCGUUGACAACAACACGUGGAACAACACGCACAUCGCGACUGUGGGCAAGGCCAUGAGCUCCCGUGAGGAGGUCAGCUACCCCAUCAUGCGCCAGCACGAGGUCGACUACGUCCUCAUUGUGUUUGGCGGUCUCCUCGGAUACUCGGGAGAUGAUAUCAACAAGUUCCUCUGGAUGGUCCGUAUUGCUGAGGGUAUCUGGCCCGAUGAGGUCAAGGAGCGCAACUUCUUCACGCCCCGUGGCGAGUACAAGGUGGAUGCCGAUGCCACCGAGACAAUGAAGAACAGCUUGAUGUACAAGAUGUCGUACUACAACUACGCCAGCCUGUUCCCCGCUGGUCAGGUUGCUGAUCGCGUGCGUGGUGUCCGGUUGCCUGACCAGGGCCCCAUCCUUAACACGAUGGAGGAGGCCUUCACCAGCGAGAACUGGAUCAUCCGCAUCUACAAGGUCAAGGACCUUGACAACGUUGGCCGUGACCACGCGGCUGCUGCGGCGUUUGACCGUGGCCAGAAGAAGAAGAAGUCGCAGAAGAAGAGGGGCGCCCGUGUUCUCCGGGUUGACUAG